AUGAAUCUGUCUAACAUUGGCCUUCUUGAUUUACCUUAUGAUAUAUUACUUAUUAUUUUAAAAAAGCUCAACAAUAUAGAUGUUCUUUAUUCAUUGUUGGAUGUUGAUAAUCAACGACUUGACAUUAUAGUACAAGAAAAUACUUUCACUAAUACUCUCAACUUUGUAUUAACAACAUCAACUGAUGAUAUUUCCCCGUUUACUGAUUCAAUACUUGAUCGAUUCUGCAUAAAUAUAUUGCCAAGAAUUCAUCACAAUAUUAAAUCUCUUAUUCUUGACUCAAUAUCUAUGGAACGUAUUCUUCUGGCUGCUGAUUAUCCUAAUCUAACUGAACUUAAACUCUUUAAUUUUAACGGCAAAAUUGUUUCACAUUAUUUUACAGUUGAAUCACCAUUUCGACGUAUUUUUCAACGACAAAUUACCGAUCUUAUUCUUGUAUUCGAAAACGAUUUUAAUGAAAUAUCAGUUAAACAUUAUACAACAGAUGUCUAUGGAUAUAUUUUGAAAUUCUUCGAAAAUUUAAAACAUUUAUCUAUUGGAUCAUUUCCCCAUUUUUUUCCACCUUUGGUACUUCGUAAUUUACCUUUAAUUACCUUCUCCUCUUCAAUUCUUUACAAAUUAUGUAUUCGUGUCGGAAAUUUCUUAGAUUUUCUUGCUUUACUUGAUGGUCGUCUCCAACAAUUAACUACCUUGAUUGUUGCUAUUGGUGAUAUGGCAUAUCAUUCAUCGAAUGUUUACAAUAUGGAUAAUUUACCUAAUUUGAAAUGUUUCUCUUUAAAAUGUUAUUGCUUAUCUUAUGAAUAUGAUGCUCAAAUUCUACCUCUUUUUUGUCAUAUGUCAAAUCUUGAAGAAUUAACUUUGCAUAUUACUAUCGAGAGUCGAACUGCAUUUAUCGAUGGUACUCAUAUUUAUAAUGAAAUUCUUGUUCAUAUGCCACGACUUCGUACAUUUUAUUUUUGUAUUAGUACCGAUACACAUAUGGAUCGUUUAAUUCGUCAUUUAUCUAGAGAUGAUAUUCAAGGAACUUUUACUAACAUAAUAUCUGAACAAGUGGAUUGUAUUGUUAAUUACAGAUAUCGUAGUGCCAUGUGUCAUGUCUUUUCACUACCAUUCAUGUUUGAUUCUCUCAAAUAUAUUGGUAAUAAAUUUCCAACUAUUAUUUUCAAUAAUGUUAAAAUUUUGGCGGUGCACGAUGGAGUUCCAUUCAAACAUGAAUUUUUCAUUCGAAUUGCUUGGUCUUUUC